CUACCGAGUUCGGCCGCCAGAGCUAAAGAUGAGCGUGACGGGGUUGUCCGCUGCGCUGGCGGGGUUUGUCCCGCGGCGGGCAUUGGGAGUGCGAGCGCAAAUGGGGCCCGGGGCCGUCUCCCAAGUGCUGCGCCUGCCUGAGAGGCAGCAGAAGGGGCUGGUGUUUCCGCUGCAGGAACUGGAGCGCUGCUUGGUACCUGGGGCAAGUACCAAGCUGCACGUGAGAACGUUUGACCCGAGCCUGGAGGACAUCGCGAGAGCCGAGGCCGCCUUCUGUCCCGCCCCCAGCCACCGAAUCGAUUAUGUUAGCAGCGCCGAGCGCCUCGACCACGCCCCCGCCCCCUCCCGCCCCGAGGUCUGUUUUAUAGGAAGAAGCAAUGUUGGAAAGUCAUCUUUAAUAAAGGCUUUAUUUUCCCUGGCCCCUGAAGUUCAAGUCAGAGUUUCAAAAAAGCCGGGACACACAAAGAAAAUGAAUUUUUUCCAAGUUGGAAAAUAUUUUACUUUGGUGGACAUGCCAGGUUAUGGUUUUAAAGCACCUACGGAUUUUGUUGAUAUGGUAGAAGUUUAUCUGAAAGAACGACCAAAUUUGACCAGAACAUUUUUGUUGGUAGAUGGUGUUAUUGGAAUUCAAAAAGCAGAUAGUAUUGCUAUAGAAAUGUGUGAAGAAUUUUCCAUGCCCUAUGUGAUGGUGUUAACAAAAAUUGACAAAGCUUCCAAAGGUUAUCUUGCAAAACAAGUUCUUCAGAUCCAAGAAUUCAUUGACACUCAAACUCAGGGAUGCUUUCCUCAACUGUUUCCUGUCAGUUCCGUGACAUACUCUGGAAUCCAUCUGUUGAGGUGCUUUUUAGCUCAUAUAACAGGAAAUCUUCACAUCAAUAGCUCAUAGCUUGGCUAAAGACUCAAAGGCUGGCUGUGUCAUCCAGAACAUCAGCAUUGUUUUAGAUGUUGUCUAUCUUUAACAAGGCAAGAGGACCAUUUGCAUCUUCCCAAAGAAAUCUUUGUCCCAUUUUUAAUGCCUAAGAAGUGGCUAUGAUGGAUCUAAUCUUGCUGUUCAAUUCAGAACAAUUAUUUUGAAAACUACCUUGAUGUCCAAGAAGAAUCUACAAUAGAUCUAAUUUUGCUGUUCUAAUCAGAAUACUUAUUUUUAAGUUAUCUUUUUAACAGUCUGAAACUUUAACUUGUUUUGCUCAUGAUGACUUAUGGUUUUUCUGUGUCAUUAAAAAUCAUAGCACAUUAAUUAAGCUGACAACAAAAAAGGGCUCCCAGAUGCCUCCCUCUAGACUUUCGGAUCCCUUCACCCCUCUCAUCACACCCUAUACUAAAACCUGGAAUACUAAACCUGGAAGACCAGGGAACCAACCUGCAGUUGUGGGAGUGGGUAGAAGCUGGAGAAUGUGGAAGUCUCAAAUAGUUUUGUGGUACAUCCUCAGAAAACACAAAAUUUAGGAUCUUCCAACAAACUGUUGGGAAGUAUUUACUGUAGUACAACUUAGCAGGCUAAGCCAUUACUGAACACAAUUAAACAGAAAAGAAAAGCUUUAUUGUUAUAAUUUCCAUACCAUCUAGUAAAAGGCAAAUAAGGCAAGGCAAGAAAAUCUCAUUAAUUUUAAAAUAGAAAAGAUAUUUAUAGUAUAUACUUGAAAAAACAAAGAGAAAAUUUUGAAUCAAAACAAUAAUAGUAUACCCUGUAAUAUGAAAGUCUGAAAAGAAUAAAACUAAUACAGUCUUUGUUACUUAGAUGCACGAUGACACUAUUUUGCAAAUGACUAAAUUAUAGCACCUACACUUUCACAUAAUUAGUUCUCAUGGAAAAGGUCAGAGUUCCUUUUGGCCCAGCACUAACCAGAAAGACAAGUUGUUAUUGUUCUUAAAUAAUCAAAUACAGUUGUCUGAAUCAUAUUUAGCAUUAAAGUGAGAAAUAGCUUAAAAGACUAGAUAUAGUUGAUGAAAAUCAAACUGUAAAGUUACAGAACUGUGAGUUUUUCAGAACUCAUGUCUCAUUUCUUUAAUAGUCAAUAGUGAGAGGUAGAAUAUGUCCAUGUUAUAUCGACAUUGAUAAAAUAGAUCCAUUUUUGCUUUUAGUGGUUAAUUGCACCUUUAAAAGUACUGAUGAGUAAAAUGUUACCCAUUUUAAACAGCAAAAAUAACUUGGCAACUUUGAAACUAUUCUCCUAAGAACUUUGAUCAACACAGUGACCAACAAUGAUUUCAGAAGUCUGCUACCUACCUCCUCCUAACCGAGGAGUAAAUGGAAUCAAGAUGCAAGAGACAUUUUUGGGCACAUGGCCAGCGCAAGGAUUUGUUUUAAUCAACUAUGCAUGGUUGUUACCAGGUUUCUGUUUUGUAUGGGGAUGGAGGAAAAACAAACUGAUUUUUGUUAAUUGGAAAAAAAAAUGGUUAAAAAAUAGAAUUAGCUGUAUAUGGUGAGAGGGGUUGUGUGUAUCUGUAUUUGUGUAUGGUAAUGGUGCAGGUCAUCAAAAAAUAAAACUUGGUGACUAGAACUGCUUCCAAAUGUCACACUUUCCCUUUUCCUUUGGAAAUUAUUAAUUAGUACAUUAAUAAUUUUUCCCUUCAAUGGUUCUAUUAUUUUUCUGUACCUUCUCAAAGAAAUAUGGAUUUUCUUCAAGAUAAAAGCUCUUCUAUUAUUAGUAAUCUGUAUAUUCAGAAAAGCCUGGGUUGGUAUCUCUUAAUACAUUUGCCAUAUUUCUGUCUGCCAAUAUUACUACUAAUUAAAUUCAUGAGUCAGGGCCUUCAACAUAAAUUAAUAAAAAGAAACUUUCAAGAAAAAAA